CUUCGUCGACCAUCUUCAAAAUUUAUUUCAGAAGCUAAUAUUUUCCUUCUUUUCUUGACCUUCCAAGCGGAGAAUCCUCUCCCGAUACUCUCCUGGGUCAUGCAAAAGGAGGCAAGCAAUGUGUAUUGCUCCAAAACUGAACACUGAUAGGCUUGCAAAUGUUCUGGAAGAAAAUAUACAAAAGGAAAAUGGCGAAUCGUACUUCUUAAGGAUCUUCCAUAUCCUUCAAAACCAGGGCAGUGAAAUAACACCAGCUUUGUAUAGCAAUACUGUCCGUUGGAUAUGGCUGCUCAAUCAUGACUUUGAAUACCUUCCUGAUACUUUUUCUCUUACUGUGAGCAUUUUAGACAGAUUUCUUUCAUUGGUUAAGGCAAAGCCAAAGUACCUGAGAUGUAUUGCUAUUACUGCAUACUUCUUAGCUAUCAAGACUAUGGAAGAAGAUGAGAACAUCCCAUCACUGGCCGAGCUGGUGAAAGUCAGUGAAUGUGGCUGCACCCCAUCUGAUGUACUUCGCAUGGAGCGCAUUAUUCUAUCUAAACUACAGUGGACUUUAAACACAACUACUCCCUUGUCUUUUCUACAACUUUAUGGUGCAUUGGUGUUCUCUAGCUGCGAAGUCAUCAAACAUAACAUGGCUCCAACACAGCAUUUGAAUGAUUUGACUGUGAAACUGGAAGACUGUUUGUGCAACUUUCAGUUCACUCAAUUUAAGGGUUCUGUGUUAGCCUUGGCUUUACUUAGUCAAGAAUUGGAGAGCUUGUCACCAAGAUGGCUAGCAGUUGUCAUUGAACUCCAAAAACUAACUGGGGUUGACUUUGGAGAGCUGAUCAGAUGCCGUGAGCUGAUCCAUGAUGUCUUUGAUCAUAAUAUUCCUCACGUACUUCCAAGAAAGAGCAGACUUUCCAAACCAGCUUACAAGCAUUCCCUAGCAACCAUUCCAGAAUGCCCAGAAGAUGUUUUCUCUUUUCUUCCAGAACAUUUGCAACCAGGUAUGCAGACUCUUACUGUGACAAGUAUUGACAGCUUCUCUGCUGACCCACAACCUUUGCGUGAUGAACUCAAAAGACUUCGCAACAUUGCUGUUGGAGUUCUGAGUGAUGAGGAUUCUACUCCUGUGACCAAGCGCCGCAGGGCAGAGUUGGCAAUGGCUUGUGGCCAGCAAUCUCAACAAGGCUGUGGUGGGUGUACCAGUGGAGUUCAUACCUUACAAGCUGUUGCUUUGUAAAAGUGUCAGUCUUGGAACAAACGACUGUGUUUCUGUGCCACCAAAAAAAAAUAUUUCACUUGUAGCUCAUAUUAGUAUUCAGUAGUAUAGUUUCUUGCUGUGGAGGAUCCAAAAAAAGAUCCAAAAUGUCAAAAAUACAAAAAGAUAGUUAUUGGCUGAGAUGAAAGUGUUUUUUUUUUUUAAUUUUUUUAUCUUCAGCAUGUUUCCACGAACUUGUGAAACAUAAGUAUUAGACAAAGCUUUUAAUGUGUGUAUGUCAGUGGUCAUUUAAUUAUAAUCUAGUUUGGCAUCUAGAUUAGAUACAAUAUAAUUAAUGUUUGUUUCAUUGGUUUAUGGAAACUGAUUUAGGUGAUGUGAAUGUUGGGUUAUUGUUUAACAAUGCCAUCCUAUGGCGUUGGUGUUGGUUUAGUGAAAUACUUGUACGAAACGUUUGUUGAGACUUAUCCAGUCAAGGGGUUACAAGCCACUUUUAUAAUUGUAAUCUUUUACACUGUAUUACCAUUUUGUAAUACUUAAUGCUCGGUCUACUUAAAUGCAGUUCUGGGGCAUAUUAUAUGUAUUUCUCUUUAAUUUUCCUCAAAAUGAGAGCAAUACAGAAAUGCCACAAAACAACAUUAGCAUGGAUAGGGCCUUAGAUUUUGAGAAAAUGAAAACCAUAGAUGGUCAAGCACCAGUAGGGCUUGAGAAUGAUCCCUCUUAAAACCAGUUAAGUUAUCAAGGAGUCGCAGGUUUGAGAAAUAUUUGUCACCCCUAGACGUUUAUUAUUAUACAUUUAAUUCUGAGAAUAAGUCUUAUAAAAGUAUAUCAUUGGAUAAGUGAAUUAUUUUAAAGUUUUAGGUGGGACAUUCCUUGGUUGUAAUAUAAAUAUUGAUAAGCACAAACAAAAAUAAAUUAUUAGACUGUGUUCUAAAUUGAAAAGCCAACAUAGCAAGACGAUUGGCACAGGAAUCUACACAGUUGUAAAGGUUGACAUCACACAAGGCAUUUGAACAAAGGACUUGAUUUAUACAUAGGGUCAAUGUAUAAUACAAGCAAAAAACAUAUUCUGAAAAACAAAUAAAAAAGGUAGCAUGUUUAA